ACUUUUAUUGGAUGAGAAAUAGUAUGGUAUUUUAGCGCCGGCAGUUUGCUGCCACAUUUAUUUUUUCGACCGCGAUAUUUUUUUGGAAUUUUUUUUAUUUUUAUUUUAAAAAUUAAAAUGAAGCUCGCUCCAACUGUAAAGUUAAACAAUGGCUACGAAAUGCCUAUAUUGGGCCUGGGGACCUACGAGUUAAAGAAAACACGUUGUGAGAAUGCGGUGCGCUAUGCUCUAGAGUCGGGAUACCGGCAUAUAGACACCGCCUACCUUUAUCGCAAUGAAGGGCUGAUCGGAAAAGUUCUAAGAGGUCUGAUAAGUGAGAGGAAAAUAAAGCGGAGUGAGGUGUUUCUGGUUACCAAGCUUUGGGACAUCUACCACGAGCCCGAGCGGGUGCGCUACGCCUGUGAUCUGCAAUUGAAGCUGCUCGGCGUCGAUUACAUCGAUCUGUACCUGAUGCACUCGCCCGUGGGAGUGAAAUAUGUCUCGGACGACGAUCUGAUGCCACAUGAUGGCGACAAGCUGUGCACGAAUGCCGUGGACUUUGUGGACACAUACAAGAGCAUGGAGCAGCUUGUUGACCUGGGGCUAGUCCGGAGCCUUGGCGUGUCCAACUUUAAUACUCUCCAAUUGGAAAGACUGUGGCAGAACAGCCGUAUCAAGCCAGCGGCGCUUCAGAUAGAGUGUCACCCGGAAUUGAUUCAAACGCCAUUGAUGGAGUUUUGCAAGACUCGCGACAUCGCUGUUAUCGCAUACUCGCCUUUGGGUCGUCCCAAGUCCUGCAGAGCCCUGCCCUCGUUCUACGCAGAUGAUGAGGUGCUGGCACUAGCACGAAAAUAUGGCAAGACGCCUGCACAAUUGGCACUCAGAUAUUUGCUGGAUAUUGGCACGAUACCCAUACCAAAGGCGGCUCAGGAGGUUCACAUUUCCGAGAACCUGGAUAUCUUUGACUUCUGCCUCACGCCGCUGGAACUCCAGCAACUGGGGAAACUCAAUCGAGGCCUGCGAAUCUGGAAGUUUUCGAAAGCAAAAGAUCAUCAGCACUAUCCAUAUGAGGCUUAGAAUUUAAAUAUGGGAAAAACUAGGGUUCACCUUCAUA